CCAUUUUUCUCUCCCGGUUAGCAUAUCGUCUCGAGUACGCAAUUAUAAGACGAAGUCACGUAGUUUUCUUCACUCGUGUCUUGUAACAUAAAAUAAUCAUGGCCCCACCAUCAUACACUGAAUUAGGCAAAAAUGCUCGCGAUUUAUUUACCGAUGGAUAUCACUUUGGUCUUAUUAAGUUAGAUAUAAAAUCAAAGACCAAAUCUGGUGUAGAAUUUGGUACUGGUGGGGUGUCUAAUCAGGAUAGUGGAAAAGUAUUUGGUACUUUGGAAACCAAGUACAAAAUUGAUGAUUAUGGGUUAAAAUUUAGUGAAAAAUGGAACACAGAUAAUACACUUGCUACUGAUGUUACUUUUGCUGACAAAUUGCUCAAAGGUCUUACCCUUGGCUAUGGCUGCACUUUCUCCCCACAAACAGGGACCAAGACUGGAAAGUUAAAGACAGCUUACAAACAAGAUAAUGUAUCAGCAAAUGCUGAUUUUGAUCUUAGUUUGUCUGCGGGUCCUCUUGUAAAUGCAUCAACUGUUGUAGGAUAUCAAGGAUGGCUGGCUGGUUACCAGGCCUGUUUUGAUACACAAAAUAAUAAACUCACAAAGAAUAACUUUGCACUGGGAUACAUUGCCUCUGAUUUCACUCUCCAUGCUGCAGUAAACAAUGGCUGUGACUUUAGUGGCCUCAUUUAUCAUAAGGUAAAACCAGAACUGGAAGGAGCAAUUAAUCUUGAAUGGAAUUCAAGUAAUAAUGUUACACAAUUUGGAAUUGCUACCAAAUACAAACUUGAUUCAGAUGCAUCUGUCAGAGCUAAAGUCAAUUCUAAUCUUCAAGUAGGUUUGGGAUAUCAACAAAAGUUACGUGAUGGUAUAACUUUGACACUAUCUACAAAUAUUGAUGGAAAGAACUUUGGUUCUGGUGGACACAAGGUUGGUCUUGCAUUAGAUCUUGAGGCUUAAAUCUGAUUGAUCACAGACACAAAAGGACUUGACUCACUGAAAGGUCAUUUCAUGACCUUUGUGUCAUAAAAGCAGCAUCACAGUACAUGCUUCAGUUAAAAUAUUGCCUAUAAAAUAUAGAUAGGUUUAUCCCAAAAUAGAUGCCACGAAAUAUCAUGCAUCAUUUAAAAAUAGUUAAAGGAGCAUUAGUUUAAAAUAUACACAAUUAUGAGUAUAAAUAUGGUAUAGUAACAAUACCUUCUCAUAAACAGUGCGAUUCAUAACUCCUUAAAUGAAACAAAAGUGUACCAUCCUUUCCUCCAUAAUUCGUUUACGUUUAAUAUGGUGCAGCCAUACUAAUUCCUGUGGAAAGUUUCCAAUCUAAUGAUAUGAAAGAUUGCUCUAAACUUAAAAACAAAAAAUACAGACAUAGACAGUGUUGAUUACAAAUACUGGUGAAGUUAAAUUAGAAAUAAAAUGUGUUUAAAUUUUC